AUGUCUGAAGAAACCAACGAAAAUAAUGAUAAAUAUCUAUGUCAUAUUCAAAGAAAACCUUUUACUAUUUAUGAAGAACAAAAUGAAAAUGAAACAAUUGAUUCAACACACCUUAGUCCAUCUACUAAUUCUGAAAAUCAAAAUAUGGAAAUUGAUGAAAUGAAUGAAUAUGAUGUUAAUGAUAACAAUGACAUUGAAUACAAUACCAAUAAUGAUGACCAUAAUAGAAAUAGAAGUAGAG